AUGGAAAGAAAGAGUUCUAAUUUGGUAAAUUUAGUGCAAUUGUGCAUCAGCAACAAAGCUCUACUAGCCGGAAAGGUUCUUCACGCUCGCAUUUUCCGUCUUUCCCUUUUCUCUGACACCUUUCUAUCUAACAACCUCAUCGAACUCUAUUCUAAGUGCGAUUACAUUGCCGAUGCCUACCACGUGUUCGAUAAACUACCUCAAAAGAACAUCUUUUCCUGGAACGCGAUUUUGGCUGCAUAUUGCAAAGCCACCGAUUUGCGAAACGCGUGUCGUUUGUUCCUGCAAAUGCCUGAAAGGAACACCGUGUCAUUGAACACCAUAAUUAGCACCAUGGUUCGGUGUGGCUAUGAACGCCAGGCUUUGGAUACCUACGAUUCAAUGCUGCUAGAAGGAGUUAAACCCUCCCAUAUAACAUUUGCUACUGUUUUUAGUGCAUGUGGUGCUUUAAUGGAUGCCGAUUGUGGAAGGAGAAAUCAUGGGCUUGUAGUCAAGGCUGGUCUUGAGAGUAAUAUAUAUGUGGUUAAUGCUCUUUUGUGCAUGUAUGCUAAGUGUGGGCUUAAUGGGGAUGGAAUUCGUGUUUUUCGGGACAUUCCUGAGCCAAAUGAGGUUACUUUUACUACAAUGAUGAGUGGAUUAGCGCAGACAAAUCAAGUUAAGGAAGCUUCAGAAUUGUUUAGACUCAUGUUGAGAAAAGGGGUUCAUGUUGACUCUGUCUCAUUGUCCAGCAUAUUGGGUGUCUGUGCAAAAGGAGGAUUCAAGGAAAGAGAUAUUGGUUCCUGUGAUUACUGUCAUGGCUUCUCAAUGAAUGCACAAGGAAAACAAGUACACACACUCUCAAUUAAACUGGGAUUUGAGAGAGACCUCCAUUUAAGCAAUUCCUUGCUUGAUAUGUAUGCAAAAGUUGGGGACAUGGACAGUGCUGAGAAGGUUUUUGUUAGUUUGAAUCAGCGCAGUGUUGUUUCUUGGAAUAUAAUGAUAGCUGGGUAUGGGAACAGAUGCAACAGUGAGAAAGCUGCAGAGUAUCUUCAGAGAAUGCAGUGUUGUGGAUAUGAACCAGAUGAUGUUACUUAUAUUAAUAUGCUGGCAGCAUGUGUCAAGUCUGGGGAUGUUAAAACUGGUCGUCAAAUGUUUGACUGCAUGCCUUGCCCAAGUUUGACUUCAUGGAAUGCUAUACUGUCAGGUUAUAACCAGAGUGCAGAUCACAAAGAGGCAGUUAAAUUGUUUAGGAAAAUGCAGUUUCAAUGCCAACGUGCCGAUCGAACUACUUUGGCUGUUAUCCUCAGUUCAUGUGCUGAAUUGGGACUUCUUGAGGCUGGAAAACAGAUUCAUGCUGUAUCUCAAAAGUUUGGAUUUUAUGAUGAUGUGUAUGUCGCUAGUAGUCUCAUUAAUGUGUACUCAAAAUGUGGGAAAAUGGAGCUAUCUAAACAUGUAUUCAGUAAACUGCCUGAACUAGAUGUUGUUUGUUGGAACUCAAUGUUAGCAGGGUUCUCAAUCAAUUCUCUUGAACAAGAUGCUCUGUUUUUCUUUAAACAGAUGCGACAACUUGGCUUUUUUCCUUCUGAGUUUUCCUUUGCCACCGUAGUGAGUUCUUGUGCAAAACUUUCUUCUUUAUUUCAAGGUUUACAGAUUCAUGCUCAGAUCAUAAAAGAUGGUUUUGUAGAUGACAUAUUUGUGGGGAGUUCCAUCAUAGAAAUGUAUUGUAAAUGUGGGGAUAUAGGUGGUGCCAGAUGUUUUUUUGAUAUGAUGCCAGGUAAAAAUACUGUUACAUGGAAUGAAAUGAUACAUGGUUAUGCACAAAAUGGAUAUGGUCACGAGGCUCUAUGUCUUUAUAAUGACAUGAUUUCAUCUGGUGAGAUUCUACCUGAUGAUAUCACAUUUGUUGUUGUUUUAACUGCUUGUAGCCACUCGGCAUUGGUCAAUGAAGGACUCGAAAUAUUCAAUGCCAUGCCUCAAAAUUUUGGAGUUGUGCCAAAGUUGGAUCAUUAUACUUGUAUUGUAGAUUGUCUGAGCAGAGCAGGGCGAUUCCAUGAAGUAGAAGUCAUUCUAGAUACCAUGCCUUGCAAGGAUGAUGCAGUUGUAUGGGAGGUUGUGCUAAGCUCAUGCCGUGUUCAUGCCAACUUGAGCUUAGCAAAGAGAGCUGCUGAGGAACUCUAUCGACUAGACCCACAGAAUUCUGCCUCUUAUGUGCUUCUUGCUAACAUGUAUUCUUCUUUGGGAAGAUGGGAUGAUGCACAUGUUGUUAGAGAGCUAAUGAGCAAUAGCGAGGUCCGUAAGGAACCUGGUUAUAGCCAGAGCGAGUGCAAGAAUGGUAUGCAAAUUGUUCUGCAAAACCACCAAUAA